UAUUUGUCGGCGGUUUCAUGUUUCUGUCAAAAUGCGAUUUUAGUUCGUGUGUCGAUCAAGUUUCAAUUUCACAACAUUGCUUGGAGAAACAACAUACACUGGCUUUACUCGCACGUUUAGAUUUGUUGGUCGAUCGUUUAGAAGCCGAUGAGUUCGUUAACCGGGAAUAUUCCUGAAGAAAAUGUCGAAAAUCAUCCGCCCUCGACAUUGCUAUGCACAAACAACGGCUCUUUUCCGGAUGCAAAAUCAUCCAAAGUCAAACGAAAUGACUACUUGAAACAGAGGGGUAGAAGAAAGAAAUGGUGGUACUUAAAUCGGGGUUUACAACCAAUAUAUGAAGCAGGUGAAAAUACUGUACCUUCUGAGAAUAUCAACAGCGAUGAGUAUCUAAACAUCAAGAACAACACCUUAAAUAACGAUGACACAUCAUCAGACAUCAUCAGUAACAUCAACCAAUCCAAGGAAUCAUACAGUCCUUGUUUAAAAGUCAUAGAAAAGUUCCAAGAAAUUGUUAUGGACAGUGCUGUUAGAGUUAUUCAGGCAGCAUUCAAAAGGUUUCGGGAAAGACGACGGUUUUUAAGGAUAAAGAAAGCAGUUAUGGUCAUUCAAAGGAACUUGCGGAAAUGGAUUCAAGCGCGACAUCCUUGUUUAAGACCAGCAGAAUUUAAUAGGCAAUCCUCAGAUAGUGCAAAAUCUGAUGAGUAUAUAGAAACAAAUAAUCAGAUUGUAGAUGACAAGAACUUGGAUGAAUCAGACAAUAAUCACAUGGAGGAGCCUGUACAUCUUGCAGAAUGCAAAAAAACGAAUGCACAUAAUGCAGAUGAAAAGCAAGAAACUGUAUGCACCGGCAGGUCAGAUACAUGUGAGUUUAAAUCCUUAGAAUGCAGAGAGGGAAAUGUAAUGGAACAUGCAAAUGAAAUCAAGGAAAKGUGCAAUGACAAUAUAGGAACUAUAGACUGUUCAAUGGAUCAAAAAAAUAAUAUCAAAACAAUUGAUGACAAUUAUAAUGAAGAGACAUGCAAGGCUGAUGAAAUAGUUACUACUACUCUAGCGACUCUUGAAUGUAAAGGUCAAAAUGAAGACAGUAUUAUUUAUAAAAAUGGUGAAAGUACCAAUCAAGAUGUGACUUUGGACCGUCACUAAAGUGACCAAAGCACUGAAUUGCAAGAUAUUGAUGAUGGCUAACAAGAAAAGCAGCAAUGUGAUGAAGAAAUUAAAUUACAUUCAUUACAAAGUGAUGAUGGAAUUCAUAAUACAUCAAUUGUUGAGGCUCUGCCAGAAUCUGAGCAGAACAAUUUAAUGGUAAUAUUUACAGCAACAUAAUUAGGAAUAUUGUAGAAACUCCUCAUGAAUGAAUGAAUAAAUAAGAGGAGAAUAUAAAUGAAUGGGAUUUCUUAUGAAUUAGGUUGAAUCUAAUUCCUAAAGAAUAUCCAGAAUAUUACUUUAUAUGGCUAGAAAUUGUCAAAAUGCUUUUAGAAGUUAGUAUUUCAGUCUUAUUUGUUUAAACUCUUACUUUUAUACUAUGAACAGCUUGAUCAAUCUAUUUCUAUUUUUAUACCAAAAGUUAAAAAACAGCCAUAUUGUGCACACAUUUAUUUCGUUGUAAAUUAGACCAGAUGGUAAGAAAUCCUUACCAAAAGUAGAUCUAUGAAAUGCAGUUAUGGUUUGUAAUAUAGUAUGUUUAUACAAACAUUGCUGUAUUCAUUUUUAUGAAGAUAUUGAUUAAAGACAAUUGUGCAGUGAAAA